AUGGGUAACGUUACCGAGUCUAAAAAAUUGGCACAAGCAUCUCCUUGCGUGGUCACGACAGAUCAGGCCUCGCCCAGACAGAGUGAGAGCAACUCGGCCAAUGAUAGGUCAAACGAUGGCCUAUAUACGUGCUGGUCAACCUACACGAAUGAAGGGCAUAUCACGAGCCCUAGCACCGAAGGUUUCCUGACCAGAGGAUUGCUCGACCCUGACUCCGAGGAAGGAUCACCCUCUGUUUCUUCUGCGAGUAGUCACUAUGGAGCUGUGGCCACUACUCAUAGGGGAAUACUACCCUUCUUCGGUGAGAGGACUGAAUCGGAAGCCUCCUCGCGCAGUGACUACUAUGACGAUGUCUCCAAGGGGGAGCCGGAGGGGUCCGAAUUCGGUGGGUCUGAAUUCGAUGGUAUGAGUUAUGACAAUGAUGACUGGUCCCGAUCAGGCGACGGAGAUUCUGAGGAGUGGGAGGACAAUUGGCAACAAGACUUGGAGGUUAACCCGCAUCUUAAUGAGCGCUUCUCCAGAGUCGUUCGUUCUCCUCCCAUGCGCCAUAGUCAUCCGCUCCCUGGCCAGGGUAAACGUGGGUGCUAG